ACUCGUGCAUUCGUGGCAUGUAAACAACUUUACCUCCUGCAGCAAAUCUCAUAAUUUUCCACAUUCAGGCAAAGUUGUUUACCUUGCUUAAUGAUAAUAACAGAUCAUUGAGCGUGAAUCCCUUUUGUAAUUUGCGUCAUCGUAAAAAGAGAUCCCACCAGUGGAGAAACCUUGCAUUAACUUCCAACGAAUCUUAUCGUUGAACAAACGCGAGAUGGACUACGGUCGUAUUCAAGCAAAAGCUUAUCACAAUAUCUCGGACCGCUUAUAAGUAGUCAAGGAAUUCCACUUCUUCGGACAGCUACAUUACGCGCAGAGAGAAGCUUUGUUACUUCAAGUUUGUGCCAGUACUCGGGAUACCGAGUUCGCGAACAUGUCUCUCGUCGAUUUUAACGAAAUUGAAGUCUUCGACGACGAGGCGGACAAUAUGGACGUCAUUAAGACUAUAAUCAGGAGGAAAAAUCAGGAAGACGGUUUUUACAUUGUGGAUCUUGGUGACAUCAUUAACAAACAUCGCGAGUGGACUACCAAAAUUCCGAGGGUUACUCCGCACUACGCGGUUAAAUGCAAUCCUGAUCCGAAUGUAAUCAAGAUAUUGGCAGCUUUAAACGCUGGUUUUGAUUGCGCGUCUGAGCAAGAGAUCAGGGAAGUGAUGCAGUACGGCGUGCAAGCCGACCGGAUCAUAUUCGCGAAUCCGUACAAGAGUCCGUCUCACAUCAAGUACGCCAAGAAAAUGAACGUCGACCAGAUUACUGUCGACAGUGAAAUCGAGCUUUUGAAAAUAAAGGAUCUUUACCCCGAGGCCAAGAUAGUAAUACGUAUACGAUGCGAUGCAAAGGAUUCGGAUGUCGAUCUCGGAUUGAAGUUUGGCUGCGAAUCGAACGACGAUGCUGUGCGAUUGAUACAGCUUACGAUGGAUCUCGGUCUCACCUUGCACGGCUUUAGUUUUCAUCCCGGUAGCCCGUGCUGGGAAUUAAACGCAUAUAGCAGGGGCAUCGGGUUUUGCAGGCAAUUGAUCGCGAUCGCCAAAUCGAUGGGCUGCAAGGACGUGCAGCUGAUCGAUAUCGGUGGCGGUUUCCCUGGUAAAAGAGGAACAAAUAUCGACAAGCUGGCCAGUAUUAUCAAUGAUGCAAUCCAAGAUCUCGAUCCUAGUAUAAGAAUUAUCAGCGAGCCUGGAAGGUACUAUGUUGACUCGGCUUUUACUCUAGCCUCGUAUUUACAUUCCAAGAAAACCGCUUUUAAAAACGGCAAAUUUAUGAGAAUGUAUUACACAAAUGUUGGAACAUACAAUUCGUUUAUCGAUGAAUUAUUGGGACUCAAAUCUAGAGUUCCGCAAACUGUUUUUGGGCCGAUGAGCGGCGAGAAAUUUCCUUCGACUGUAUGGGGCCCGACUUGCGAUUCGUACGACGUAAUUGUUAAAGAUGCAUUAUUGCCGGAACUUCACAUUGGCGAUUGGCUGGUUUGGAAUGAUGUAGGUGCUUACACUUUAUGCCUGUGCACCACAUUCAAUGGAUUUCCAAUCCCAAAGGUCGUACCGUUUAUUAGGAAAAGUCAAUGGAAAAAUUUAAUGAUGGAGAUCAAACUGAUGCAAAGAGCCAUAAAAUGGAAGCCAAUAGAAAGAGAACAUUACAUUGAAAAUCGCUGACAUAUUGAAUUGGUAAUUAAAAUAAAAUUUUAAGUUAAUAUAAGUUUUUCGUCGAUUAAAUUAGAGUUUUUAAUAGAAGAGUUAUAACUUACUAUCUCAUUAUAUACAUAAUCUCUCAUUAUAUAAAUGUAAAUAUAUUGAUAAUUAUGGAUGAUUUUAGUUCAUUCAUAGCAAACAAAGUGACGUUAAAUAGCAUUUUAAUCUCGUAUCAUAGUGAUGAUACGUUUGAACGUCAAUAAGAAGUCAUUGAAACGUCAUUUAAUGUGAUCUUGUUUGUCGGAUAUAGUAAUAAAUAAUUAAUUAAGAAUAAUAUUAUUCUUUAUGAUUUUAUAUUUGUAAUACAAAGUAUAAGAUUUUUUUAUAUGUAUAUUGUUAUCAGUGUGACGUCAGAUGUGUUAACUACUUUUAAGUUUUAAAUUAUUUUUAAGAAAAGAAAAAUACAAAAUGUUUGAUAAAAGAAUGAAAUGUUUUAUGUAAAAUAAAAUUGCUAUUUAUUACAUGUUGUUAUAACUGAUGAUUAUACUAGAAUCUGUCUAAUUGUUUUAAAGCAAAAUUAUCUUUCAUUAAUCUUAAUCAAUAAGUUACCAAUUUGAAUGAUUAUAUCACGCAUUUGUACCUCGAGAUAGAAAACUACCGAAUAACAAAAUACUUGAUAUAAAAAGUAAGUAAUUCUAGAAAAGAUAUCUUCAAGUACAAAAAUCAAAAUAUAUCUCAAUUUAUAUAUCUUGUUCGAAGAUAAAUGUAUUUCGUAGAUUAUAUUAGAAAAAUAAUUUAUUUAUUAUUUUCGUUUACAAUA